AGAGAGGGGGGGGGGGAGACAGGAGCGCAAUGAGGGAAGAAGGGAAAUAUAAAGGUUGAAAGAUAAAUGGAUAGAGAAAGAGAGAUUGCAGAUGCACGAUGACGUGGAAGGAAGAAAAGAGAUGAAACAACAACUGACUUCUGAAACAGACGGAUGGAGAGAGAGGGAGAAAGAAUAAGACAUAGAAUAAAUGAAUGAUGAAAGAAAAGAUAAAAAACGGAGGAAGAAGACUUCCUUCAAUAAGAUCUAUAAAAAUGAAAAAAUAUAUAAAUAUCAGACGAAUGAGAAGAAAGGACAAAUAAAGAAUUGAAGAAGAAACCAGUGAAAAGCGUAAGGAAGGUAGGCGGACAGGUGAGGCCGGAGAACGGAAGGUGAGAGAGAGAAGAAAAAAGAGAGAGGGGAGGAGGGGCGAGAAGGAGGAGGGGGCGGGGAGGGAGAAAGAGAGAGGAAGAGAGAGAGAGAGAGUGCGAGUGAGCGACAGAUACCAGGCACCAGUCUUCACUUGACUGUGUCCCGUGGAAGAGCGAGAGUCUGGCCCGUCUGUCCUCCCCGCCACACGCACUAUCACCCCCUCGCUUGUGUCUCUCUCUUUAUCGCUCUCUCUCUCUCUCCUACUACCUUCUUUUACUUAAGGGGAGAUCACUCAACGCUAAAUUGGAACUUACCGAGGAACAUCUGCUACAAAACAGAUCUGGAAACUUUAAUGGAGGUAUAAUGUAGUAAGAUACUAUGAAUCAUGAACGAUUUGGAUGUGAGCUGCUAAAGAGCGCGACUGAUUUAGAAAUAUUAAGUUCUAUGGUGCAAAACGUAUGGGAAAGAAAUAUUUGAUAUCACCUACAGAGAGUGUUUCAGUGAAGCAAAAAAUUAAAAUACCAUUAAGGAGAAUAAAAGUAAACAAAAACUGAACAUUCAUUGAAGUUUUUGUGGAUGUACCCUUUUAAUGUGAAUAAUGGCUCCAUACUGCACUAAAAGGAUUUUAGCCUGGGGAGAACGUGUAAAGAAAAAAGAUACCAAGAAUUAUCCGUAAUAAGGAUUUACUUUUAUAUACGUUUAUUCCGUCAUGGCAUCGUCAACUGUCACGUUCAAGAUUCCAAAAAUUCUCAAAAGGGACGCCGGCGGGGGCGCGGACGAUGAGGGCAUCUUAGCCGGAGAAUCUCAGCGGUCGGCCGGGCGCAGCAGCAUCGGCUCCAACGCCUUCGACAGCUCCCCUCGAGGCUCUGCGGGCUCGCUCUCCAACUUCGAGCGGCUGGAGAUCAUGGCGCGCAAGUCCCUGCCCUACAUCCAGCAGCGGCGCCAGUCGUCGGCGUCCGCCUACAUCCGCGAGCCGCUCAUGGCCACGACAGACGACCGCAACUGGUCGUGGCGCUACCUCAGGGAGCGGUUUCGCAUCAAGGAUCUGGAGGACCUCUUCGAGCACUACCAGCUCCGCCUCCACCACGCCAUGUUCAUCGUCUACCUCAUGCUGCAGCUCUUCCUCUCCUUCAGCGCCAUCGCCGCCCUCUUCAUCACUCAGCACCCGCCGGAGGAGCUCGUCCCUGAGCUGACGGGUCAUGGCGCCGCCCUGGUCGUGUGCAUGGCCCUCCUGGUCUACGUGUACGACGAGCGGACCUUCAGGCAGUUCCCCAGCCUCCACGUGGUCAUGUCGGGCCUCAUCAUCCUCACUCUCUUCGCGACGGACGUGUCUCUCACGCUCUAUUUCCACGAGCAAGAGAUCCAGGGCAACGAGGAUAAAGAUGUCAAGUUUGGCAACAUGAUAUACCUCCUGUUGGUCGUCUAUGUCUUUCUGCCGAUUCCUAAGAAGUGGCAAGUGACAGUCCUCGCCCUGCUGCUCACCCUCGGCUACCUGGCCCUCGGGUACUACGCCAUCCAGGGCGACCAGAGCCCCUACGGCCGCCAGCACAUCGUCACCAAGAUGUGCGUGGACGCCACCAUCCUCCUGUGCGUCAACCUGGUGGGAAUCUACUGGCGAUUCAUGAGCGAAGUGGCCUUCAGAAGAGCCUUCCUGGAUAAGAGAGGCAAUCUGGAGUCCAAGUUUAAGCUGGACGCAGAGAAGAAGCAGGAGGAAGGGCUUCUGCUGAGUAUCCUGCCGAAGAACAUCAUGCAACAGGUGAAGUCUGACUUCCGAAAUAUGAUCGAGAGGACUCUGUACAACACGAUGCCCAUCACCAAGAGCAAUCCCUUCCCGAACCUUUACGUCAACCGCCACGAAAUGGUCUCCAUUCUCUACGCGGACAUCGUCAACUUCACUCCCCUGACGACCAAGCUCAGCGUAGAUCAGCUGGUUGAGAUGCUGAACGAUCUCUUCGGCAAGUUCGACGAGUCUGCUGAGACUAAUGGUUGCCUUCGUAUCAAGAUUCUCGGCGACUGUUACUACUGCGUGUGCGGAGUCCCCGAGUAUAACAAGGACCACGCUCACAACUGCGUGAAAGUAGGCUUUGAGAUGAUCGAUAUCAUCCGCGAAGUUAGAGAGGAGCGGGCCGUGAACGUGGACAUGCGCAUCGGCAUCCACAGCGGCAGCGUGCUCUCCGGCCUCAUCGGCGUCCGCAAGUGGCAGUUCGACGUGUGGAGCAAUGACGUCACCAUCGCCAACCACAUGGAGCAGACGGGGCGCGCGGGCCGAGUUCACGUGACGCACAAGACCCGCGAACUGCUCACUGGCCUCGACUACGGCUUCGAGCCCAGUGACGGCCGCCGGAAGGACCAGCUCCUGAUGGACGAGAAGAUUGACACGUUCCUUAUCAUCCCCAAGCACAGGCCCCCGAGCGGCCGCCGCGUGUCCUACGGCUUCCACUCGGCUUCCAUCAAGCCGCGCGUGUCCAUGACGGUGGACAGCGCCGAACUGAAGAACCUGUACGAGGGCGACAUCAGCAAAAAGAUCACCAAGGUCAACCUCCCGCACGGAGCCGCCCGGGGCUCCAUCUUGGCCAGGCGGCGGUCCACUCACUCCGAGAACCACCUGGCUUCGAAGCGGCGCACCGUGGUCACCGACAACGCCCUCGUCUCCUUCCAGAGGAUAAUGGUCAACUCGAAGGAGUUCAUGGAGAAGGCGAUCGAGAGCAUGCCGCUCAGGAAGUACGACCAGUGGUUCAAACCUGAAGGAAUCAAUCCCCUGCUGCUGACUUUCACGAAGGAUGGCUGGGAGCUUCCUCUACUCCGCCAACCCGACCCCCUUUACAAGUACUACAUCCUUUGUGCCAUCUUCAUCUUCAUCGUCAUCUUCCUCACUCAGCAGCUUCUCAUGCCAGUGAACACGUGGGGCUGGGUGGCGGGCGUGGCGGGCGUCCUGAUCCUGGCGACGAUCGGGCCGGUGUGCUGGGUGGCGACCGUGCACCAGCAGAUCGUCGACCCGCACAACGACCGCGAGUUCGACACCCGCAGCCGCUCGGCCGUCACGGAGUUCUUCUACACGGCGUCGAAGAGCGUGAUCGCCUCCAUCGGGCUGAGGGCGCUGCUCUUCUCCUUCGUGUGCUGCGCCCUCUACAGCUGCGCCGUCGUCAACGUGAUCGAGUGCACUGACAUCCUAGAAGAAUACGCAAGCACGCUUUUGAACACCACGGCUGCACCUUUUGGAGCCAAUGCAAGCACCGAGCUUCCUCUUUCUCCUGGCGACAUCCCUGCCCUCUGUUGCGACCCCUGGUACUUCACCUACAGCGUCACUCUCACGCUCCUCGUGGUUUGGACCUUCUUCAGGAUGCACUUCCUCCUCAAGCUCUCCGUCUACGUCGUCGCCGUCACACUCUACGGCUUUUUCGUCCUGUAUUUUGCUGAGGGCGUCUUCAGCCACGAGGGCAUGGCCGGCGUCUGCCCGCGGCUCACGGUCACGAGCCUCGGCCUGAGCCCCGGCCUGGGCCACCUAUUCUUCGUGCUCUUCGUCUUCUUCGCGCUCCACGUCAUGGACAGGCAGAUGGAGUACAUAAUGCGGCUCGACUUCCAAUGGAAACAGCAGCUGGAGGUGGAGCAGAAGGAGGCGCAGACCACGCACUUCGCCAACAAACUCCUUCUCCAGAACAUCCUUCCUCUCCACGUCGCGGACAUGUACCUGAACCGGCAGGGGGCGACGGACGAACUGUACCACGAGUCGUACCAGCACGUGGGAGUCAUCUUCGCGUCCAUCCCGAACUACGGCGAGUUCUACCGCGAGAACGAGAUGAACGAGGACGGGAAGAUGUGCCUCAAGGUGCUCAACGAGAUCAUCUCCGAUUUCGACAUGCUUACAUACGAAGCGCCUUUCCUGACCAUGGAAAAGAUCAAGGUGGUGGGCAGCACGUACAUGGCCGCCUGUGGCCUCCAGCCCGGCCGCAGGUACAGCGACGACUCCAACUUCGAGGAGCGGGACAAGCAGGAGAACGUCGCCACCAUCACCAAGUUUGCGGCCGCCAUGUUCGAGAAGCUCAAGGCCAUGAACAGGGAGCACUUGCAGGAGUUUCGGCUGAGAGUAGGCAUCGACGUGGGUCCAGUGAUCGCGGGCGUGGUGGGCGCCCAUAAGCCCAUGUAUGACAUCUGGGGAAACACCGUCAACGUCGCCUCCAGGAUGGACUACACGGGGGAGAUGGGCAAGAUUCAUGUGACGAAGGAAGUGGGCGAAAUCCUGCAGGAGCAAGGUUGGGCCGUGGAGUGUCGCGGCGAGAUCUACGUGAAGGGCAAGGGCCACAUGGUCACCUACUUCGUGGACCCGACGCAGGCUCCUCCCAAAGCCUCGACCGACGCCCACCCGGAGGCGAAUAACAACGAGAACCUGAACCUCAAAUCCAGCAGCCACAUCAUCACCAACAACAACAGCAAGGCGUCGAAGGACCAGGAUAGCGGCGAGCAGCCCAGGCGAAGGAGCAGCCAGCUGAGCCUCAACUCCCUGAAGGGGUACCUGACGCCGCACCGAGGGAGCAUAGAGAUCAGUAAGGGCAAGGGCGCCAGCGGAGACAGCAGCAGCCUCUCGUCCAAUUACCGCAGGAGAAAUGACAGCCUCGAGGACAGCCGGGAGGGGAGGAGGUCCCGGGGCACCUCCCCGCGCAACUCCGAUGACUCAGGGGCGCCCAGCAGCCUCCAGGGGCGCCAGGUCCCCCCUGCGGCUGAGGCGGCAGUCACCGCGAAACGAACCUACUUUAACAUAAUUGAGGACGACUUUGCCAAGUACAAUCACUCGUUCGAGAAAGAGGACGAGCGGCCCGCAUUCCCUGCGUCCCUGCGGAUUGAGGAGGAGGACGAGACGGCCUCAGGCUCCGUCGCCAACGGGAAUGUCGAGUCUGCAUCGUUGGGCGCGUCACAGGCUGCGGGCGCAACGCACAGCGCCUCCGACAGGGAAUCGGUGUCCACGCAGAGGGGCAGCACGGCCUCCAGGUCCUCCAGCAAAGGCAGGGUUUUCGGCAGAUCGUCGACGUUACGGCAGGUGGACGUGCACCCGCUGGCCCUGCUGAAGGAGCAGGAGUCGGAGCGGCCGGCGCACACCGAGCUCUCCAUAGACUCUUACGAGAGCGAGGACAUUCGCUUGUGAAGACGGGCUAUGACUAACGCAACUGAGAAAAACUUUAUUAAAUCAACGUUUCCGUUUUUCAUUCUCUCCAAGAAAUGAAAAAAAUCGGAGAUGAAGAAAAGGAAAAACGUACGGAGAUAAAGUGAUACUAGGUAAGGCGAUUUGUAUUCCUUUUGUUAAAGAAAAUGUUAAAGCGUAAACAUCAAAUCUCACAUUACUGGUGACAAAAGGAAAAAAAAAAGAAACAGUUACAAAGGAAAAAAAAAACUAUUUUUUACCUCAAAUAAAAAUGAUAAUUUCGUCCGCAAGUUUACUUAAACUUGAUUUUUUUCGAGGGAUUUAUUUUUUCUUUAAGUAUGCCUAAAAUACAUCAAUAAACAAUUCUUAGAUUCUAAAUUUUGUUCUAUAUGAUUGCGGUACAAUAGUUUUACAAUGUUUUUUAUUUAUAUUUUUCGGCUUUUUAAGCAACUGAAUGACCAUUUGUGUUUCAUUUAAAUGUCAGCUUUAACAACCACUGCAUUAAUAGUUCUUGCCAUGGGUUCUGUGUGCAAUAAGAUAGGAAGUAGAAAAAUAUAUGAAAUGUCCCUCUGUAAUAUUUUAUUUUAUUUUAUUCAUUUAUGGAGCAGUAAAUAUUUAGUGAUAUAUAUAUAUAUAUAUAUAUAUAUAUAUAUAUAUAUAUAUAUAUAUAUAUAUAUAUAUAUAUAUAUAUAUAUAUAUAUAUUGAAGCACUAGAAAAUUCUGCAUGAAUUUUGCUGGCAUAGAUAUAAUCACUGUAUAUUACUAGAUAUUAUUUUUAUGUACCAUUUUAAGUAGAGUGUACAUGUAUGGAUGUCUGCGAUAUUUAUAAUAAAUGGUAACGAUAUUUACUUCAUAAAUAUCAGAGACUUUGUAUUUAUUCCAUCACAAUAGAUACUUAUGUGAAAUAUCUAAUGUUUAUAUUUGAGGAACUAAACACUUAUGUUGAGAUAAUAUGUAAGUAAUUGAAUGGGCAGCGUGCAAAGAAUAUGUAAUUUUGAAAAAUGUUUGUAGAAAUAUAAACAAAUGAAUACACGAACACAAGAAGCAAUACUGUAGAGAUAGAAUGUGGGCCAGAGGAGAAGGAGGAAAGAAAGAAAGGGGGCAAAAAGAGAAGAAAUGGGGAAAGCAAAGGUAAAAGAGGUAUAGUACAAGAAAAAAAAAAUGGAGCAGGAUGGAGGACAAUGCAAAAGUGGAAUGAAGAAAAAGAGAAGGAAGAGGGGGACGGAAAAGGAAGCGAAAGAUGAGGGCAUAGAAGCCACUUAGAAUAUAGGAGAGCCUAUAUUAAUCUUGGGAGUAGCCAGAGACAUUCAGAAGUGGCUUAACACACUUCAGUCAAGUAUGAGGAAUACGAGGUAUCCGCAACGACCCUGGAAAGAAGCGCGGAACCCGAACC